AUGGCCCGCUCCGCCAUUGUCCAAGAAUACGCCCCUCCGUCCUCCGCACCCACCUUCUCCGUCGACCGCAAAGUCACCCACGAACGCCAACAAAAUGGCAUCUCUCGCCCCAAUGGAUAUCGCGUCUCCUGGCACGCCAAUCCCGCCGUCGAACCACACCACUUUGGCCAGUCUCAUCCCAUGAAGCCAUGGCGUCUGACCCUCACCAAGCAGCUGGUCAUGGCCUACGGCAUGCACCAUGCGAUGGACCUCUACCUGGCGCGCGCAGCCACCUACGAAGAGCUGGCCGACUUUCACAAAUCAGACUACCUCGAUUUCCUCAAACAAGUCGUCCCCGGCGACAUGGAGAACCCUGAACAAAGUGAGAACAUCGCGCGCUUCAACUUCGGGGACGACUGCCCCAUCUUCGACGGCCUUUACAACUACUGCUCCCUCUACGCCGGCGGCACCAUCGACGCAGCCCGCAAGCUCUGCAACAACCAGUCGGAGAUCGCAGUCAACUGGUCCGGUGGUCUACAUCACGCCAAAAAGGCCGAAGCCAGCGGUUUCUGCUACAUUAACGACAUCGUCCUCGGUAUCCUGCAGCUCCUCCGCCUGCACCCGCGCGUCAUGUACAUCGACAUCGACGUCCACCACGGCGACGGCGUCGAACAAGCUUUCUGGUCUACCGACCGUGUCCUCACCGUCUCCUUCCACAAGUACGACAAGGACAACUUCUUCCCCGGCACUGGUGGCCUCGACAGCACGGGGCCCACGCAUCCCCUCAACCCAGGCGCCCACCACUCCGUCAACGUCCCCCUCCACGACGGCAUCGAUGACGAAUCCUACAUCCAACUCUUCCGCGACGUCGUCGGCUCCUGCGUCGAAGUCUACCGCCCCGGCGCCAUCGUCCUUCAAUGCGGUGCCGACUCCCUCGGCUGCGACCGUCUUGGCUGCUUCAACCUGAACGUCGCCGCCCACGGCGCCUGCGUCGCCUUCGUCAAAACCUUCAACCUCCCACUCCUCGUCGUCGGCGGUGGCGGUUACACCCCGCGCAACGUCUCCCGCGCCUGGGCCCACGAAACCUCCAUCCUCAUCGACGCCCAGGAUACCAUCGACCCUCACAUCCCCGAAACCGUCACCUUCCGCAACCACUUCGGCCCUGACUUCUCUCUUUUCCCUCCCCUCUCGGAAAUGCGCAAGCUCGAGAACAAGAACCCCCGCACUUACCUCGCCGGCUUGCUCCAAUCCAUCCGCGAACAGCUUCGAUAUAUCCAAGGUGCUCCGAGCGUGCAAAUGAGCUUCAUUCCUCCGGAUAUCCUCGGUCUUCGCGAAGACACGGAGAAGGAAAUCGAAGAAGAAACGGCCAUGAUGGAUGAAGAACGCGAAGAACGAUCUGGCGGUGGUAGUUUAGGGAAGUCGAGUCGACGGAGAGAUUUGGAGAGAGGUGCUGGGCAGCGGGGAGAGCUUUUCUGA